UUCAUGCAGACGGAGGUUGGGGAGGAGAUGUGCGAGGAGGUUCCGGUGCCGGCGCUGCCCGCUGCCAGCGGCGGCGUCCGUCAGGAGGAGGAGCUCAUCUUCAAGGCGCGCUCGCUCAGCGUCACCGUCGAGCAGGUGGUCGGCGCCCGGAACGUGCCGCUCGUGCUGCUGGACGCGGCGUUCGAGGCCCAGGUCAAGGACUGGAGCUCCAAGCUGCUGGCCGAGUCGUCGCUGACGCUGGAGCUGGCGUAUUACAACAGCCGGCUGGCCGCGUGGGAGCCGAUCAUCGAGUGCGUGAGCGCCGCGACUUCGGAGAGCGGCGCCGACUCCGUCAACUUCCUGCCGCCCGUCAUGAGUGUGACUGUCCACCAAGCGCUGGGCUCCAGCGACAGUGUGCAGGGUCAUUGGUUCCUUGAGCGGACCUCACUGGAGAGCAUGACGCCCUGCUGUCUGUGCCUGACCUCUGACGAAGGCCGCCGGCGCCGGCAGGACCCGCUGGAGAUGACGGUGACCAGGACGUGCCUGGACGUGCUGACGUCGCUGCAGGAGUCGCUGGGCGGCGCGCUGGAGCUGACGCCGCCCGUCGCCGACGAGACGGAUGCCCACUUCCUGAUCCGCAACCGGCUGGAGCAGCAGGCCGUGGUGGCCACCGGCUCCGAGUACACGGUUCACGGCUCCGACAUCGAGGAGGUGGUGCUGGAGCAGGGCGCUGAAGUACCGCUGAUGGCGCGUGACCUGUCCUCGCUGCAGCGGCCGGGCACGUCGACAGCGCUGGACUCGAACAGAACCAUCCACAUCAAGGUGCCGUCCCUGGGCUGGAGCGCCGACGUUCCCGUGACGCGGGCUGAGAGUCGCUUCUUCCGGGUGGCGCGGCGGCGGCCGGACGGCGCCGAGUGCGGCCUGGUCGCCGACAUACGCGCCCACUUUGACUCCAAGAUCGUGACGCUGCGUAGCUGUGUACAGGUGGAGAACCACCAGAGCGUGCCCGUCAAGGUGUACUACAUGAACAGCGGCGGCAACGAGCUGCAGUGUGUGGGCGUGGCCGAGCCGGACGGCAUGCUGCCGCUGCCGCUCUCGGCCGUCUACAGCAGUACGGCCGAGCUCUUCUUCGGCGUGGACGGGUACACGGUGUCCCUGCUGCCGUUUGUCUGGCGUGACCUGCAGAAGAACCCCGACCUGACGAUGACGCUCAAGUGCGACAGCAAGAGCGGCCAGCCCGGCCAGCCCUUCUGCAUGCUGUGUCACGGCGAGAUGAAGCCGGUGCUGUUCGAGACGUCGCGCGCCAAGACGCUGGCCAGCCGGACGUACCGGGUGCACCUGCGGCCGCCGGCCGUGCUCAGCAACCUGCUGCCGGUGGCGCUGACCUACCUGCGGCCCGGCGACCUGGAGCCGGUCACGCUGGAGCCGGGCGGCUCGUGUCAGAUGCCGACGGCGCAGACCGGCGACCGGGUCGCGCUCCAGCUGCUCAGCUACCUGGACCGGCGCUGGUCGUGCAGCAAGCAGCUGGAGGCCGAGCCGGACGAGCUGACGGUGUGGACGUUCCUGUCGGCCGACGGAGACUACCAGACCGACCUCAGCCUGGGCAUGCACACGCGCACCGUGUGUGGCUCGCAGCUGAUGUCGCUCUACGCCCCCUUCUGGAUGAUCAACCGCACCGGCAAGAUGCUCACCUACAAGAAUUGUCUCGAUGAGUCUGUCAACGAAACAUCCAACCUGAUCUACCACCCGGAGACCUUCCUGGAGCCGGUGCUGUUCUCCUUCAAGCCGAGCUCGUUCUUCUCCAAGAAGAAGGCGGCGGUGCGCGUGGAGGACUCCGAGUGGUCGGACAAGUUCUCGCUGGACACGGUUGGCAGCGGCGGCACCGUCACCUGCGCCACCCACAACUGGGACUACGGGAUCAGCGUCCAGAUCCAGCUGAGCCAGUCGGGCCUGACGCGCCAGGUGUACCUGCUGCCGAGCGUGGUGCUGGCCAACAGCGCGCCGUUCGCCAUCCAGGUGCACGAGCCGGCGCCCGAGGAGGAUUGGAUCACCGUGCCCGCCAACACGUCGCAGCCGUUCUGGCCGCGCGACAGGGCGAAGGAGCUGCGCUGCCGCGUGGCCGACACCAGCGAGGAGACCACGUACUUCUCCUACAAGAGCACCAACACUUGCCUGCUCCACCUGAGCAACACUUACGGUGGCAUCAGCAUGAGCGUGCAGGUGUCCGAGGCCUCCACCAUCAUCACUCUGGACGACUACGUCGACGGCAUGGCCGCCGUCCGCCUCAUCAACAACACCGACAACGAGGAGGUCGCCUACCACCAGAAACGCUUCGAGCCGCACAGCGUGCUGAAGCCAGGAGAGGUGCGGCUGUACACGUGGCAGCGGCCGGCCAGCGAGCGGCAGCUCUCCUGGAGCUGCGGCAAGGUCAAGGAGCGGCUCGACACGCUGGUCAAGGAUGGCAUCGGCCAGUUUGAGGGCAAGGACGGCAACCUGCUGUACUGGGUCAGCUUCCUGGACGGCAUGCAGCGCACGCUGAUGUUCACGACGGACGUGGUCGUCGCCACGCAGGCGCACAACGCCGUGGAGCUGGAGAGGAUCGAUCAGGAGAUCACCGUCAGCAUCGAGGGCGUGGGGCUCUCGCUGGUCAACAACGUCUCGCAGACGGACGUCAUGUACAUGGGCAUCACCAGCUCCGGUGUGGUGUGGGAGACGCAGAAGGCGUUGCACAAACGCUACCGAGCCAUGACGAGUCUGCAGUGCUCGAUCCUGGAACGGGCGCACCAGAACUUCAUGAACCAGGUGCAGGUGGGCGGCAACCCUCAGCCGCGCGUCGUGCUCGACAACAAGAUGGAGGUGGACUUCAGCAUCAUGCAGAUGCUGCAACCGAACCGACGCUUCCUGCGGAGGACGUUCCAGAGCGGCUUGUGGCUGCAGCUGCGCACCAGCACCCACCAGCGCCAGCUGCACGCCAAGCUGAACCGGCUGCAGGUGGACAACCAGCUGCUCGACUCGGUCUUCCCUGUAGUGCUGGCGCCCGUGCCGCCGCCCAAGUCCGUGGCGGCCGACAAUGAGCCCAAGCCGUUCGUGGAGAUGUCGAUGGUGGAGCGGCUGGCCGAACACACCUUCAUCAAGCAGUUCAAGUACUGCAAGAUGCUGGUGCAGGAGUUCCACGUCAAGUUGGACCAAGGCUUCAUCAACGCACUGGUGGACGCGCUCAGCGUGGACAAGCUGAACAGGAACACGAAAGAGCUGGUGGAGAGUGAUCUGGAGGUGGCAACGGAGGAGUUGUCGAAGAAGGUGGCCAUCCGAAGCUUGCAGGAGCAGAGGAACUUCUACGACAAUCUCCACUUCUCACCGCUGAAGAUCCACGUGAGCUUCUCGAUGACGGGCGGCGCCAGCUCCAGCUCGGGCGGCAGUCCCCCCAUCACGUCCGGCUUCAUCAACCUGCUGCUGCAGAGUGUAGGCGUCACGCUCACCGAGAUCCAGGACGUCGUGUUCAAGCUGGCGUACUUCGAGCGCGAGCACCAGUUCCUGUCGCAGUCGGAGCUCACCUCCGAGGUGGUGGCCCACUACACGGGCCAGGCGGUGAAGCAGCUGUACGUGCUGGUGCUCGGCCUGGACGUGAUCGGCAACCCGUUCGGCCUAGUGGUGGGCCUGACCGACGGCGUGUCGGACCUCUUCUACGAGCCGAUCCAGGGCGCUAUCCAGGGCCCGGGAGAGUUCGCCGAGGGUCUGGCGCUGGGCGUCACCAGCCUGUUCAGUCACGCGGUGGGCGGCACGGCCGGCGCCGUCUCGCGCAUCACCGGCACUCUGGGCAAGGGCAUCGCAGCACUGACGCUGGACGAGGACUACCAGCAGCGGCGCCGGGAGGCCCUGAACCGGCGUCCGACCGACUUCACCAGCGGCAUCGCCCAGAGCGGCCGCGGCCUCUUCAUGGGCGUGGUGGACGGCGUGACCGGCGUGGUGAAGAAGCCGCUGGAGGGCGCACAGGAGGAGGGCGCGCUCGGCUUCGUCAAAGGCAUGGGCAAGGGCAUGGUGGGCCUGUUCACGCGACCCACCUCCGGCGUGGUGGACUUCGCUAGCGGCUCAUUCGACGCUGUGAAGCGCUGGCGAAAGCAGACGGAUCUUAAGUUGAUAAAAAAGCUGAACAGGACCAUGGACCAGGACGAGGUGACCCGGCUGCGGCCGCCGCGUCACUUCCAGGCGGACCGCAUCAUCCGGCCCUACGUCCGGCACGAGGCCGAGGGCGCUAAGAUGCUACUGGAGCUGGAGAAGGGCCGGUACGCCACCACGGACGCGUACGUGGCGCACGCCAUCUGCCGGGCCGACCGCAGGGUCGUCUUCCUGCUCACUGACUUCAGGGUGUUCCUGCUGAACCGCAACGAAAUCUUUGGAAACUGGCAGGUGGACUGGACUUACAUGUGGAAGGAGCUGUCGGGGCCGCCGAAGUUGACGGCCAAGGGUCUGGAGCUGCGCGUUCCCGCCGCCAAGAAGGGCUUCUCGCUGUUCGGCGGCUCGGAGGGCGCCAAGACUGUGCCCAUCACCGACAAGACCAGCGCCGAGUGGAUGAAGAACAAGAUGACGGAGACGAUGCAGCAGUACAACGUCUAGCCGCCACAGCGCGGCUCCCUCCGCGCCUCGCUGAGCUCGCGGUCCCAGAGCUCCUGCCACGGAGGCCGCCGAAGCCCGGGCGCCGGUCUGCCUCCUGCGACCGGCCGUCGCGGGCAGCGGCCGGACUCGCCGCGCCCUCUGUCUGUGGCCACGGCCGCCUCGCUGUCGCGCCCGCGCCGCCCGCCUCACCCUCUCUCGUCGUCCUGCCUUGUCUCUGGCGCCGCGCUCUCGGCGCCGACCUGCGUCGCUGUCACCGGGCGCGGCUCUUCAGCGCCUACCGCUACGGGCUCCGGGCCCGGCCUGGCCUCGGG